AUGUCCACCGCCCCCGCCCCCGCCGCCACUUGGAUGCCCACACCCCCCCUCCUACCAAUGGUCGACAUCGAGGACCCCCGCUGCUCAUCUUACCCUCCCCCGUACACGGCUGACCCCGUGAGGCCGGAGUGGGAUGGUGCGUACAGCGGCAUCAUCUGCACAACGUACAACACGUCAUACACGUAUCCCUGCUGCGAGCAGUUGGGGGGUACGGCACGCACGUGGUGUGGUCGGGUCCAGUGUGCGUUGAACGACCGCGGAAUCGACGACUGGGGUAUCUGCAUCAACCAGCUCAUGGCCGAGACUGGCGGCCAGGCUGUUGGUCUCGCGUGCGACAGUCCCAAGCUCGCGAAGAGCGGGGCUUCAAAGCUCGGCGCGGGGGUUGGAGUUGCAGGCCUUGUGGCGCUCGCGAUGUGUGUGCUUCAGAUGGCGUGA